CCCAAGAUGUGUUUUGUUUGCUCAUUGACCCAUUUAUCUUUUUUAUCUUUUUAUCUUGUUUUUUAAAUACUGUUUUUCGUCUCGGUCCCCGAUCGAUUUUUCCUCGAUCGACUGCGGUUUCUUGUUGCUAUGCAGGUCUGCGGGGACGCGGCAGCCCCCUGCCAGUGUCAGCCUUUUUCUCCUUGGGCGUGCUCGAAAAACCCCCAGUUCUCCGUAAUUAAAUAUUCCCAUUUUGCAGGAAACGUCCCUCUUGUCCUCUUAUUCGGUUUGAAACACAUUUGCGCAAGUGUUCAUCGAGGUUUCUGUCGACGCCAGGCAGAACAAAAAGGAUGUUUUUUCACCACAGACCCGGGUGCGCUCUCGCUCUCUGCCGCACCGGGGAGCCAUUGAGCUGGGUUCGUGAAGGGGAUCCCCGUUAAUACCCCCCCAUCCCUUCCCUCUGCUUUUCUCCUCUCCGCCUGUCUGCUCUCCUGCUUCCCAACACAGUACAGUACACACACUAGUCCUCUAGUAGUGGCAGCAGCAACCAACACAAGUGUGCCGAGUCUCUCCUCGUAGCUUCAGUUUCAGCUCUCUGUAUAAACCAGCCAUUUAUCAUCAAUCAUGGCCGCCGGAGUACAAAUGUAACUCCCGUCUUUCCUCCCGAUGUCGUCUGGAGGGGAGGAUUUUUUUGUUUGAGGAGACAAAAAAAUAUUAGUCCCACACUGAUUUGGAUUUCCUCCUGGAAUUACAAAACAUCUCACAAGGGAAAUACCAUUCAUGUCAAUACUCCAAAAUGCAGCCGCCGCCGAGGAAGGUCAAAGUGACACAGGAGCUGAAAAACACACACACAGAGCAGAUGACAAGACUGCACUUUAAACACCAGACUGAAUGUGACCUGCUGGAAGACAUGAGGAGCUACAGUCUGAAGAAGGGACAGCUGGAGAGGGACUACGCACAGGCUCUGCAGAAGUUAGCAAGCUCGUACCUAAAGAGAGACUGGCCCGGAAUCAACCCUGAUGAUCAGAGGACAGACUACAGGAAUGUGUAUGCAGUGUGGAGGUCCUACUUAGAAGGUACCGUGCAGGUGAGCCAGUCCAGGCUCAACGUGUGUGACAACUACAAAAGUCAAGUAUCAGAUCCCGCCAAGACUGUUCGACUCUACAAGGAACAGCAACUCAAAAAGACCAUAGAUCAGUUGAGCGGCAUUCAAGCAGAGCUGCAGGAGUCGGUGAAAGAGCUGGCCAAAGCCAAGAAAAAAUACUACGACUGUGAGCAGGUUGCCCACGCUGUACGAGAGAAGGCUGACAUAGAGGCCAAGUCCAAACUGGGUCUUUUUCAGUCAAGAAUUAGUUUACAGAAAGCAAGUGUAAAGUUGAAAGCCAAGAGAAGUGAUUGUAACUCCAAGGCAACACAAGCCAGGAAUGAUUACUUGCUAACGCUAGCUGCUGCCAAUGCUCACCAUGAUCGGUACUACCAUACAGAUCUACUGCACUGCAUACAGGCCUUGGAUGGCAGGAUUUAUGAGCAUGUGAAAGACUACCUGGUGGCGCUGUCUCGUACCGAGCUAGAGGCCUCCCAGGCUACACACAACACCUUCCAGUUCCUGUUGGACAAAUCCACCAGGAUAAUACAAGAAUUCAACCAGCAGUUGUUCAUGCAGGAGAACCCAGUGUUUCACAAAGCACACGACUUCCAGUUCCAGCCGAGCGAAUGUGACACGACUCUGAGCUCGGUGCAGCAGUUGGUGGACAUUGAGCCGUCGCCCGUCAGUGCCAUGAGAAUGACCCUGGCACAGAGUCGUCAGCUGGAGUCGGAGACAGGGACGACGGAGGAGCACAGUCUGAACAAGGAGGCCAGGAAAUGGGCAACCAGAGUGGCCAGAGAACAUAAGAACAUCAUACAUUACAAGAGAUGUCUGGAGGAGUGUGAGAGUCAUGGUUUGCCACCCACAGAGCAGGGCAGACUAGACCUGGAGAUGAAGAUAGAAGACACCAAAGAAAACAUGCGCAAAGCUGAGACAAUAAAGCUAAAAGCCGAAGCUCGGUUGGACCUUCUGCGGCAGGUGGGGGUUGCUGUGGAUACCUGGCUGAAGAGCGCCAUGAACCAGGUGAUGGAGGAGUUGGAGAAUGAACGUUGGGCCAGCUACACUUCCCACGAUCCCUCACUGUCGGGCACAGUGGACUUGGAGCGCGAGGAAGGAGAAGAGUGUGAAGAGAACAUGGAGGUUUUUGACGACAGCAGCUCUAGUCCUUCAGGAACCCUCCGCAACUACCCGCUAACCUGCAAAGUCCUCUACUCAUACAAGGCCUCUCAGCCAGAUGAGUUAACGAUUGAUGAACAGGAGAUGUUGGAGGUCAUUGAGGAUGGAGACAUGGAGGAUUGGGUCAAGGCUCGCAAUAAGACAGGCCAGGUGGGCUACGUCCCAGAGAAAUACCUACAGUUCCCGACCUCCAACAGUCUGCUGAGCAUGCUCCAGUCUCUGGCUACGCUCGAUGCUCGAUCGCACACCUCGUCAAAUUCCACCGAGCCAGAGCUGCACUCCAACUGCAUCAACGGAGACACAAACAUGAUGUAUGUCCGCGCACUUUAUGAUUACGAGGGCCAGGCGGACGAGGAACUCUCCUUUUGCGAGGGAGCGGUGAUCCGCCUGCUGAGCCGGGACACUCAAACGGACGACGGCUUCUGGGAGGGGGAGCUAAACGGACGGGUGGGCGUCUUCCCCUCUGUGCUGGUAGAGGAUUUCACUGAGAAUGGGGAGACCAGUGGAGGAGGGACAGGUGAUGUACAGAUUUCCCCAUCGCUGAAGCUGCCAUCGUCUUUGCCACCUCUUCCUCUGUAUGACCAGCCUCCCAUCAGCCCUUUCACCAGUCCCGAGACCUCAACUCCGCCUCCUCUACCACGAUCACCCUCUGCAGCACUCAACGGGGAGCACAAGCCUCCACCACCCAACUCAUCUCACAAGGGACCGCUGUCCACCCACAAUCAAAGCUCUGGCAGGAGUCCAGUGUCGCCAGGAUUUCCACAGCCACUGAGAUUCACCCCUGAAGGAGGCCCAGGCAAACUACGACCUGUGCGAGCGGCACCCCCUCCACCCAAACAGCACCCCCGAAGACAGCAGGAGAAGAGUGACAAGACGGAGGAGGUGGAGAUCACGCUGGUGUGACAGACAGACAGGCUGGCAGGCGGUUAAAGAGACAUAGAAAAAAAAAAAACAUGACAGACACACGUAUCCUACAGGCUGGGGAGCUGAACUGCUCUGAACUGAAGUCGGCUUAAUAAAGUGAUGUGAAGUAAACCGAACUGAAGCACGUCCGACACCCCCGGCCUCUCCGCAUCUUCUCUCCUCCUCAAGUUGAGGAGGAGAGCAGAGAGAGGGCAGAGUAUCCAAUUUAAUAAUCUCCGUAUUAGCUUCCUAAUGAAGUGCAGCAGUAGCCGCCCCCACGUCCCUCUCCGCCCUCCCCCGUCCUUCCAUUCUUGCCUUAAAACUUCACCUCAACGGGCAGCAAACCCGAGCACACUGAAGAAGAGGAAGAGGAGGAAGAAUGUCUACAGAGGGGGAGUGUGGGAAAGUUAAUGAUGGGCUUGGCAAGUUUUCUUUUAUCUUGUUAAGCUUACUUCAAGAUAUUGUAAUUAGUUUAUCCUCCUUCAAAGGAAGAUCAUUCUGCUACGUUUCAGAGAUUUCACUUUUUUCACCCACAAAUAAUUAAAUGUGAGAAAAGUAAUUGAGCCCUGAAAGUGACAAAAUGUAGUUUAAGACAAGUCAAAAAUAUAACUCAGCUCAACACAAUAAUAUUGUUUGGUUCAAUACAUAUUAGUUUAUUAAAUCAUUUAUCCAUUUUCCCCAUGAAAAUGUUCCUUUUCAGCACCGCAUUUUAAAUUGUUCUCUUGCAUAUAAUGAAAAAAUGAAAAUUUGGAAAAUUGCUUGUAUUUGAAGCAAUGGAGAGGGUGUGUGGAUAGAUGGCUGAACCUUAUGUUUCCAUUCAACUGCACCGUCUACAUUAUUAUAUUGCUAAUCAUCCAUUUUCUGUUACUGCAUAUAGCUGAAGCAUCACUGUAUAAACGCUGCUCAAGUAUACAUUUUAACUAAUUAGUUAAUUAAAUGUAUUUAUACAUUUAAGUCAGCAAGCCAACCCCAAGCCAAACUUGGGACUUCUGUAUUUAGCUCAUUUGACAUUUGGAGAAAAGAGACAUUAAAUCACAAAUAUGUACAAAAUUUUGGGUUUCUGUAGUCUGUAAACUUCCAAAUAGCUUCCUUGCAUUACGAGUGGCUUGCUAGCUAAAAUGCGCUAGUUAUUGUCACGAGAGUUUCUACACUAAUGCUACAUUAUGAUAUAUUACUGAUUAACAGUAGGUGCAGGAGCUGGUGUAGCUACUAGCUUUGUGCUAAGUGUGUUUAGCCACCAAUGUCUUUGGCUAAGCUAGCUAGCCACACACCUGUGCGGUGAGAAAAACAGGGACUAGAUAAAUGAUUAAGUGUGAUCCAAAAUAAAUGCUCAAAUGACAGAUUUUAGAUUUGAUUGGUUUUAUGAGUUAUAUUUUUGGCUUGUCUGACACAUUUUUUUUUUCAUUUUACAAGUGAGCCUGAUGAGAGUGAACGAGUAAAAAAACUUGCCAAACGUGUCAUGAUUUGGAUUUGCAGUUGCGGUUUAAGUAAAUGGACAGAGAAAUGUGGGUGGUGUGUGGAGACGCAGUGUCCCCCUCCCCCCUCGCCAGCCCUUCCCUCGCAAUAUAUAGUCCUUAUCAUCAUACGUAUUCAAUGUGUAUUAGUACAGUACAUUACUGUUGUCAUAGGAAUGUUUAUGCACAGCGUUUUCAUAUAGACUAACUCAGCUGAAUGGAAUAUCAUGUCUGAUAUGUAGUGGAAGUUUUAUCCUCAUCUUAUACUGAAAGGGCAUUGUAAAUACAGUAUGAAGGAGAGAGGAAAGAGGAGAGGGAAGGAGAGGAUGAAAGAGAGACACAAGGAGGCUGGAUCCUCCCUUCUGUUCUUUUCUCCACCUCUCUUCCCGCCCUUCCUUUCUUUAUCUCCCUCUGUUUCUCUAAUGUCUGUUCUGUCCAUCGGCAGUCAGUGUGAAUCGGUGGCGAUCACACACACACACACACACACACACACACACGUUACAUUAUACUGUAUUACGCACACCCUGCUAUAUCUUCUCUCAUUCUCUGACCCUCCGAGCGCUUGUGUUGGUUCAGGAGGAGGUCGAUGGUGCUUCCAAAGGCACUGAAAUUGUUGGUAUUCACUAUGUGGUGACAAAGAAAAACAUUUAUCCAAGAUGAUAUAGACACUGAUCGUAUUUUGGGUCGGGGGGGUUUUAUUAAUCACAGACUGAACUGUAUAGCUUUUAUCCCUGCAGAUUAUAUCUCCUCUCACAUUGAUUUUGCUCACCUAUAACAUAUAUCCUCGUUUAGUUGACAUGGUAUUAUUUUUCUCUUUCCAAGCAACUCCACCACAUCGUAUGGGAGUCUGGUUUUUUUUUUAUUUUUUUAUUUUGAAAACAGUACCGAAAACAUCCAUAACAAGAAAUUAACCUUUUCAUAAUUCGAUAUCAUCCAUUUGUUCUCCUGCUGGUUCAUGUUUCAACUGUGAUGAUGGUGUUUAGAAAUAGAAACAAAAGAGGUGUAUAAAAGAAAUGCAUCGUGCUCAAUGGACAGAACUUGCAAACGACAUUCAAAUGGAGCUAAGUACAAUUCUUUUGUUUUGUUUUUUUACUCAAAGUAAGUAAAUCAUCCCCCUUAAAAUACCCUUCAAGCCUUUAAAACUCCUUGCCUAAAGGGCAGCGUAGCACUUUUAUUUAAUUGUACCUUCCCUGGAAAGUAGCAGUACCUUAACACACAUCAGGAUGAACAGAAAGGAGUUAUUCUUUUCAUUCUGAUUCUGUGGUGGAUCCUUUUUUUUUAUUUCAGUGUGACUGAUGAUCUUUUUUUUUAUGAUCAUUAUUCUCCACUCUUCCAAAGAGAUGGAGAGAUAAUUGUGGACAAUGUAAUUUGGUGUUUUCCUUAAUUUAUAAAAAGAAAAAACAAACAAACAAAAAAUUAAAGAGAGGGAUCUUUUGAACGAAGACCUGGAGAUAAUGUGUUUUAUUAUUUGGUCCUGCAACAGCACAAGAUGUGAAGUUGCGUCCCAGCUCCUUCCUACAUACCUGUUUUCAAUCAGAGUUAGAUCAUGUAGGGAGGAAAAAGUCUAUAUAAACUCAAAAGUUGUCUUGAAUGGAUACUAAAUUGACCCAGCAUGUUACAGCAACAUACCUGCCAACCUUCAGGCCUCAAAACUAGGGAGAAUUUUGUAACCAAGCAGGGUUUAGGGACAUAUUUAAGAUUCAUAGACUGCGUUUCCUGCACUCUGUUGACAUUUAAAGAAUGAGAAUAACUAAAUAAGUAAAAUGCAACUGCAUUUUUAUUUUAAUUCUCAUGAAACUUUGCAGAAUUAACGCAAACUUGAGUAAAUCUGUGGCAUAAAAAAGUUAUAUUAAUAUCUCUUAAUUUAUGCACCUGUCCCUUAGAGAGUCUGUGCAUGCCGCUGCCCUGUGUUUCAGCCUCUCCAAGCUCUGUAAAUCUGACAAAGUGGCUCAACUUAGAAAGAAAAAAAUUCGAGGAAACUGAUUACCUCAAAAUGACCAAGUAAAGUAGACUUAAAAUUUGUUUAUAUACUCUCAUCUCCGCUCCAUUUCCCGGUUAGUUUCUCACUCCCUGAGGAGGAUGAGGUGCAACGUUAAAGCAGGCUACACGCUGUACGGCACCAGACACUUGAUGAUGAUGAUGAUGAUGACAAAAAUGGGAAAAAAAGUGUGAAAAAACUGUCAUAAAUCGGAGAAAUAUGGGAGCAUUGUGACCGGGGGAGGGCAAUGAAGAACUCGCAGGGAAAAUCAGGAGGGUUGGCAAGUAUGUAGAGGUAUGCAGGAGCUCCUCACAGCUGGAAACAAUUCAAAAUUAAAGCAUUCAAUCAGUGUUGCUUUCACUUUGUUAUUAAAGUAGCAGUAUCAGCACCUUUCCUGUCGGUACACAGCUGUAAAGGAUGUUUAUUUCUUGUACAUUAUCAGCAAAAACAGCCUGAUGUAUGAAGGAAAGUAUCAGUAUUAUUGAUAUGCAGUUUGGAGUUGGGGCACAGCUUAAGGCUGAAAGAAAGAAAGAAAGAAAGAAAGAAAGAAAGGCUGAAACUGGUUGACUGGCUUCGUCUUUGCGAAGGCCGAGUUGAAGUGAUGCAAGUAAUGAAGCAAAUGAAACAAAUUCAUUGUUAAACUGCUUCAGCUUUCAGAAACAACAUUAUUUGUAGCAUCCACACCUGACAGCAUUUAACAGCUGGAAUCAGCUACAGUUUUGGAUCUGACCCUCGGCUCCUCUGCCGGCGUCAGCUUUAACAGCAGCCUCUCCCCGAGUCCUCUCAGAUCUUUCAAGAUUUCUCGAACUUGUUUGGGAGUUUAGGGUUUAUGGCUGCGUCACACAGAUCUCCCCACCAUAAAUGCUCCUUCAGGCUUUCACUUAGAUUUAAGAUUUAUGGCUUUUUUGUUGCCAGUUGCUCUUUGAACAUGAUUAUUUCCCCCUUUAUAACGGUCCCUCUGGUCCAUGAUGGUGUUUAAUAAAUUGAUAUGGGCCUGUUUCUGUUUUUUUUUUAAUUUUUUUUUUUAUGUGUUGUACAUUUCUUUUUUUAUUUUUUAUCCUUUCGUUUUGGGAGCAGCCGCACAGAUGCUGCUCUCAGCACAUCGGUGGAACAACAGCUCGCCUUCUCUCUCUCUCUCCACAGACUGUGACGGUGACAAUGAUGAGAACAGGCGCAAAAGUCUUUCUGCAUAUUAUUAUUGACUGUACAAAAAAAAACAAAGUUUGUAUUUAUUGUGUACAAAUGUUAAUUAAUAAAAAAAUAUGGAAAAGUU